GAGCUUCUCGGGUUUCACUCCGGCUGCUGCUGCAGCUGAGCUCUUUGUGUUGUCAGGCAGAAGCACUCAGUCAGGGUGGCGCGUGUCUCCAGACGUGCUUUCGGCAGCUAGCACAAGUAGACAAUAGCUAGAAAUUUCCCCCGUCUUCUCUGAAGUAGCUGGCAAGCGUCAGUCACUUUAUUACUUCUUUUUUUUUUUUACCCCCCAUUCUCUUACCAUGUCUCUGGCAGUGGAGUCUGGCUUCUCGAGCGAGGAGGUGCUGAACAGCCGCUUCCCUCUCCACCGGGCUUGCAGGGAUGGAGACGUCGGUGCCUUGUGCUCGCUCCUUCAGUGCACCUCCAACCCCGCUGACCUUACGGUCGAGGACACUUUCUACGGCUGGACGCCCAUACACUGGGCCGCUCAUUUCGGAAAGCUGGAGUGCGUGAUGCGUCUGGUCCAAGCGGGCUGCGGCGUGAACUCGGUCACCAGCAGGUUUGCGCAGACGCCCAUUCACAUCGCUGCCUUCGGGGGCCACCCUGACUGUUUGCUAUGGCUACUUCAAGCUGGGGCAGAUAUUAACAGACGGGACUAUGUGGGCGAGACGCCCGUCCACAAGGCUGCUCGAGCGGGCAGUCUGGAUUGCAUCAAUGCUCUCUUGAUUCAGGGAGCGAAAGCUGACGUGAGGAAUGCCAAUGGGCUGACGGCCGCCGACCUGGCCCACGCACAGGGAUUCCAAGAGUGCGCUCAAAUGCUCGCCAAUGCCCAGAACCUGCAGCAAAACAUGGCCCAGUCCCUUAACGGGGCCUUUUUGAACAGCAUGAUGCAGAAUGGGGGCCAUGCUCACGCCACCAUCCAGGGACGCAGCUUCUUGAACGGCGUGCCCAACAGAAAGAGGUCCUUUGAGGGCUUAGAGGCAAACCCUUUGAAAAAGGCCCGACCUAAUGGUCUGUGCAUGCCACCCGAGCUGCUGAACGGCAACGGUCCACUAGGGGGCCCCGCAGAAGCCCAGAUGGAGAGCAUGAGCAUGGAGACGGCAGCAGCUGUGACCUCAGUGGCGGGUGAGAGACGCUGCGGGGAUUUUUCCUCGAGUAGCCCGACAGCAGCAAUGCUCCUUGGUCAGCACAUCUACAGUGAGAUCAGUAGCAGUGUUGGCAGCCAGGUGGAGCACCAGAAGUCUGUCAAAGCAGAGCAGUCGUAUGACCACACCCUCUACAGCAACAUGCUUCUUUACCACGGAUGCUAGAGGGACCGGGAUGUAGAUUCAUUUCAUUUACGUCUAAGCAUUCAUCCGCCUUAAAGCCACUGGGUGGUCGUGUUUUUGUUGUUGUUUUUUUUUUCACGUGUUUUGGUAGUAAACAGCAGACUCGUCUGUGGAUGAACCAGAAAUGUUUAAAAGAAGACUAAAAAGUUUGUUUUGAUGUUUAAGAAGAGUCUGUUAAGCCGAUGUGUUCGAUUCUGUUGCCUAUGUUCGUCAUCAAACUAAAGGAUCUGUGAUGAAGCACUGCCAACACUACAGAUACGUUUGUUUCAAGUUAAUGUUACCUAAACCAGUAUAAUUCAAGCCAGUGUAUAUCAGAAUUAAAAGUAAGUUUUGCAAACGUU